AUGAAUGUUUCCCUCUUCAACGUGACCCAGGACGCAAUGUUUAACGGCAGUCAGAGCCUCGCUGGGACCCUGGCAACAUACUCCGGCAACGCAACUGACAGCGUGGUGACCGGCGACGGCGGAGGGUCCCUGGUACUGCUGCAAGACGAGCGCAAACUCUUCGUGAUGCGUGUGGUGCAAAUCGCAGUGCUGUGCGUAUUGUCACUCACUGUAGUGUUCGGUGUAUUUUUUCUUGGGUGCAACCUGAUGAUUAAGUCGGAAAGUAUGAUCAACUUUCUGGUAAGGGACCGGAGACCCUCCAAAGACGUGGAAACUGUCAUGAUUGGGCUCAGCUAG